AGUUGACGAUGAGCUUAGAAAGUUGGCGAGUCACGUGACCCCCGGAAUCGGCCGAGGGCAACGCAAUUGCACGACGGUCAAGCUCAAACGCUUGAGAUUUCCCACAGCGUAAACCGUCGCAACACCCACCCACUCCCAUCGACACUCGCAUAACGAAACGCCGACAAGAUGGCUGGAGGAAACCCCUAUGAGGCCUACACGGUCUUUGGAAAGCAGAUUCCCCGUUACAAGAUGGCCGGUUACGGUAUGCUCGCCUACGUCGUCCUCAUCACCGGUUUCGUCCAAUACCGCAAAAUGCAACCCCCGGCACCAAUUCAGUACCAAUCCAAGGAGGAGGAGAACUACGUGAAGCGAUACGUCGCAUACAUGGAGGAGGAGCUCAAGAAGCCCGAGCUUCUCCGUCAGCCUUUCACCGGCCGUGCCAGCAUCUAGAUUGUCCCCUUUCCUACCUUGCAUCCCUGAGGCUACGUUAGAGAGCGACCCUUGACCGACUGGCUCACGAGAACAUAAACGCUGGAUACGAAUAUACCGAUUGAAAGAUCCUCUGC